CCCCUUUGGACCGAUAUCGGUGGGGUGGUGUUGCAUUCCCCACCUACCCUGUCUCUCUGUGCUCGUGGUGGGCGGUGUGAGAACUCGAUCAUGAAGAGGAAGGCCGAGUCGCCGGCCCUCGUGCCUUCGCCAUCGAGCGCCGUGGGCUCGUCGGCCGUUGCCGACCGUACAGCAAAUACCCCCGCCGCCGACCCCGAGGCUGCUGGCACUGGCCGUGGUCACAAGCAACAGCCCAAACCGGAGCCAGGAAGCGGCGGCGGCGGCGGCGGUGGUUUCAGUCCGGCGGGCCGCAGCAGCGAUGGUGAGAGCAGCAGCAAGAAAAACAAGAAGAACAAGAAAAAGAGGAAGAAGAUGAAGCUCGAGGACGAGGGAUUGGAGAAGUCAAGUACGGCGACCCCAGCAGCUGCGGCGACGGAGGCGCCCAAAGUAGCAGCAUCAGCAGCAGUGGCUGCUGCUUCCGGGGAGGAAAAAUCAUCUCGUGGAGCGCUGUCGGAAGCUGCCGGUGCUACGGGGUUAGCUGGGAGAAACACGAAGGACAACACCGUGAACGACGGGUCCUCUACACCGGGGGGGGCUGCCGGGGUACCAUCCCCUCCCAAGGAACGACGAAGACUUGGGAAAACCCACGGAAGGGCGCGGAAAGAAGGGAACCCGGGAUCGCGGAACGGCGGCACAGCGGCGGUGGCGGGGCGGCGGGAAGGACAGGGGACAGCAGACUCCCAUCCCCUGGCUCUGGCCCCCGGCGGCCCCGGCCAAGGAAAGCCUCGAAAACACACGCUGUCCAUCGCGAUCCCGGGGUCGGUGGUCGACAACGCUCAGAACCGUGAGCUGAAGACGUACCUGGUAGGAGAGAUCGCUCGAGCAGCAGCGAUAUUCGAGGUCGAUGAGAUCGUGGUCUACGAUGACUUGUCCGUGUCGAGGAAGGGCCAGGGGGGCGUGAGGGACGACUCGGCCAGCGUGGCGGCAGCCGGCGGUUUCAACAGGGGGGGGGGGUCUGCCAACGGAAGCGGCGGCGGUGGCGGUGGUGGAGACAAGAACAACCCGAACGUCUUCAUGGCGCGGCUGCUGCAGUACGCGGAAACCCCGCAGUACCUCCGGAAGCAGCUGUUCCCGAUGCACUCCAGCCUUCGCCUUGCCGGCCUGCUGAACCCGCUGGACGCGCCGCACCACAUGAGGGCGGACGACGCCUGCCCCUUUCGGGAAGGGGUGGUGCUCGACCGGACGAUCAAAAAGGGGGCCGGCUCCUUCGUCGAUAUCGGCAAGCGUAAGGAAGCGCGGAUCGACCGCCCGCUGGACCCUGGGGUGCGGGUGACGGUGAAGCUCGAUAAGGGAGACCCGUGCAAGAAGAACCACAAGGGGAGGGCGGUGCCUCCGUCGGCCCCUCGCGAAGAGCUGGGGCUUUACUGGGGGUACCAGACGCGUCUCGCCAGCGGGAUGGCGGAUUUGCUUGCCGGCUGUCCCUACAAGGGCGGGUACGAUCUUACCGUCGGGACGUCGGAGCGCGGGAACGUAACGGUCGACAGCCCCGACUUCGCGCUGCCGGAGUACCGCCACGCCCUCGUCGUCUUCGGCGGCGUGCAGGGUAUCGAGGCCACCGUGGACGCCGACGAAUCUCUGCAACUCCCCGGGAGCGAGUCUUCCAAGCUUUUCGACAUGUGGGUCAACACCUGCCCUGGGCAGGGCAGCCGAACCAUCCGCACGGAGGAGGCGGUGCUCAUCACGCUGGCGCGGCUGAGGUCCCACGUCCUAGGCAACGGAGUGGCAGCAGCUGCGGUACCUGCCCAAUCGCAGAAAUAAGUAGUUGGAGGUAUCUCGUCGAACCACCUUCAGCUGGUCGAGAAAUCAGACGACGGAAGAGUUAUCGUCAACUGCUUGAUGUCCACGUAAUAGCGGAUGUGGGGUGGCCUGGCCUGCCCUUCGCGGCACCGAUUGCUUUUGUCGAGGGGGUGGGUGGGUGUACUCAUAGUCGUGCAUGCCGUAGUCGUUAGACCAUUGACCUCGCAUCCCUACAAAGCCGGGACGGAGCACGCNGGUGGGUGUACUCAUAGUCGUGCAUGCCGUAGUCGUUAGACCAUCGACCUCGCAGUCGGGGGCGGGGGGGGUUCGAACGAGAUGCGUGUUCGUUGUGUGCGGUGUGCCCGCAGUAUCACGAGGAGGGGAAUCAUUGUGUGGGCCUUGGGUCUUCUAAACCAACACGCCUGCUGCCUUUCCAUCUGCAAUGCCUAACGACAGGGUGAUACAUGUCUCCUACCGGAAUAUGUUUCACAGUUUUUUUCAUCACAGUUUUUUCCCUCUGUUACACCGAGAUGAGGU